AUGUCCUCAUCCAAGAUGGAUCCUCGCCGGCCUGACAAGAUUGUACCAUUCCACAUGCCUUCCAAUGUCCCUCCCUCGAGCGAUUACGCUGGUAACCUUGCUGUUGCUGUUGGUAUGGGUGGUAUCAUGGUUCGCAAUUCGUUCAAAGCCUUCCCUUGGAUCGCUGCCUUCUUUGGUGCAUCAUCUAUGCUCAAUUCACGCAAGACCAAACGCGAUGAUUCAGUAGGAUUUAGUGGCGCUGUACUCGGCUUGGUAUCCUUGUUCACCUACUAUUUGAAUAUGUAUAUGAUGCACAAACGUGCAAUGGAUAAUGCAGCAUAA